AUGCCACCACCACAAAACCUACAAAGUGCGGAACUAGACGAUGACACAAUAGAGUAUAGCAAUACGUUGAAAUAUCUUCGUGCAUAUUUACCACCAGAUUUAGCCACACCGAAAUUAGCUAUUAUAUGUGGUUCCGGUCUUGGUGGUCUGGUUAACACGAUAGAACAACCAAAGUUAACGAGAACUAGUAAAGUCGAGUUUUCGUAUUCAGAAAUUCCGGGAUUCGUGAGAAGCACAGUUGAAGGUCAUGCUGGUAAACUUGUGUUUGGUCUUCUCGGGGUAACUAAGGUGCCUGUUGUAUGUAUGGUUGGAAGAUUCCAUGUAUAUGAAGGUCAUACGAGGGAACAAGUAACCUUUCCGAUAAAGAUUUUCAAGCUUUUGGGUGUAGAAGUCUUAAUUGUUACCGGUGCAGUAGGAUCUCUCAACAGCAAAUUCAAAGUAGGCGAUGUUGUAAUUUUAUGGGACCACAUCUCAAUCCCCGGUAUUUCAGGCAACAACCCACUAAUCGGGCCAAAUCAAUCGUAUUUCGGAACGCGCUUCCCAUCAAUGGCUGACGCGUACGAUUUCGAAUUGCGCCGAAUAGCAUUUCGUGCCGCCGCUUCAUUAAAUUUUGAAAAAGGAAUGAUAAAAGAAGGCACCUACUGCUGGGUGGCAGGUCCUUCAUACGAAACACGAGCUGAAGCGAGAUUUCUGAAUUUUAUUGGUGGUGAUGUGGUUGGUAUGUCCACAGUGCCGGAAGUAGUUGUGGCCAGAUACUGUGGUAUUAGAGUGUUGGGGUUGUCAAUCGUGACUAAUAUGGUGUUAACAAGAAAACCUCGAAGUGCUGAUCCUGAAAAGGAUGAACCUGAAGGCAUUGAAGUACAUCCUUCGCAUCAAGAGGUGUUGGAAGCAAGUAAUGCAAGUGCUACAAUGAUGCAAAGUUUAGUUAAAACAGUUGUUGAAAUGAUAUAA